GAUCUUUCACUUUAAUCACUGAUUUAUUUAUCAUAACAGAAUAUCAGACGUUUGUGGCAUAAGCAAGAUUUUCCUGCAGAUACAUUCAUGAAUAUUAAUUAUCUUUUGAAGACUAAUGGAAGAUGUUAUAAAUAAAAGACAUAACCCUGUUUCUGGAAAAAGUGAAAUAUUUCUUCUGAAUUAGUAGCACCAUUUUCUUUCUACAUUGCCUGGAAUAUUUAUAAAGGUAUCUCUCAUUGUGUUUGAACUUGGAAAAAUCUGCAAAGAUCAGACUUGCUGAAAAUAUGGUAGUUGAAGUAUUCGGAACAUUAUAGGAAUAUAUAAAAAAAAGUAAACAAGAAAUAUAUAAUUUGUGGUUGUAUAAGAAAUAUAGAACAAUGAGUCAUGUGAAAAACGUAACGGAUGGCUUAUUUUCUGAAGAGAUGGCAAAAGAAAGAGAAAAACCAUCAUACAGUUGUGAUAUUUGUAAAAAGUCAUUAUCUAGUCAGGGAAACCUCAACGUUCACAAGCGUAUUCAUACAGGUGAAAAGCCACAUCAGUGUGAUAUUUGUGGGAGGUCAUUCUCUGAAAAAGGCACCCUUGCUUCUCAUAAAUACAUUCAUACAGGUGAAAGACCCCACAAGUGUGAUAUUUGUGGUAAAUCCUUCUCUUACACCAGCAGCUUUAAUAAACACAAAAAUAUUCACACAGGUGUGAAACCAUAUAAUUGUGAUGUCUGUGGCAAAUCAUUCUCUCAAAGCAGUGGCCUUGCUACACACAAAUACAUUCAUACAGGAGAGAAACCAUAUACCUGUGAUAUCUGUAAUAAAUCAUUCUCUCUCAGAAGGAAUUUAGCUGCUCACAGACGCAUUCAUACAGGAGAAAAACCAUAUCAGUGUGAUAUCUGUGGUAAAUCAUUCUCUCAAAAGAGUAUCCUUACUUCUCACAAAUAUAUUCACACAGGGGAGAAACGAUAUAAGUGCGAUGUCUGUGGUAAAUCUUUCUCUCAAAAAGGUAACGUUACUUCUCACAAACGUAUUCAUACAGGCGAGAAACCACAUUGCUGUGAUAUCUGUGGUAAAUCAUUCUCUUCAGGAAGCGGUUUAACUACUCACAUACGUAUUCAUACAGGGGAGAAACCGCAUUGCUGUGAUAUCUGUGGGAGAUCCUUCAAUGUAAAGCAUAUGUUAGUUGAUCAUGGACGUAUUCACACAGGCGAAAAACCAUAUCACUGUGAUACCUGUGGAAAAUCAUUCUCUCGGAAAGGUAACUUAAAAAAACACAAAACCAUUCAUACAGGAGAGAAACGAUAUCACUGUGAUAUCUGUGAUAAAUCAUUCUCUGGAAAAAAUAAUUUUGCUGAUCACAUAUACAUUCACACGGGGGAGAAACCAUAUCAUUGUGACAUCUGUGGUAAAUCAUUCUCUUUUAAAACCGCAUUCACUGCUCACAAAUUUAUCCAUACUGGACAGAAACCCCAUCAAUGUGAUAUCUGUGGUAUGUUGUUUUCUCAAAAAAGUAAAAUUACUAUUCACAAACGCAUUCAUACAGGAGAGAAACCGUUUCGUUGUGACAUCUGUGGUAAGACCUUCGCUCACAAAAGUACCCUUACCUACCACAAAUUCACUCAUAGAGGAGAGAAACCCUAUCACUUAGCGAUCUAUGAUAAGAUACUCUCUCGAAGAAAUAAGUUAGCUGAACAGAGGCGUAUUCACACAAGAGAGAAACCAUAUUGUUGUGAUAUUUGUGGUAAGCCAUUUUCUCAGUCGGGUAACUUGAGUAGACACAAACGCUCUCAUAUGGGAGUGAAAUUAUAUCAGUGUGAUAUCUGCGGUAAAUCAUUCCCUGGAAAAACUCAUGUGGUUGAUCAUAAACGUACUCACACAGGAGAGAAGCCAUACGGCUGUGAUGUUUGUGGCAAAUCAUUCUCGCAGGUCGGUAACUUAGGUAGACACAAACGCCUUCAUGAGGGAGAGAAGUCACAUCAGCGUGACGUUUGUGAUGAAUCGUUUCCUGGAAAAAAGGAUUUGGCUGAUCCCAAAGGCACUCACACAGAAGAGAAACCAUAGCACUGUGACGUCUUUGAUAAGUCAUUCUCUGAGAGACAUCACUUGACUGAACCCCAUCAUAUUCAUACAGGAUAAGGUUCUUAUGACUGUAAUCUAUGCUAAAUCAUUCUGUCAGGAAUAUGCUGUAUAUACUUAUAAACAUAUUCACACAGGAGAGAAACUCUAUUGCUGUGAUAUCUGAGGUAAAUCAUUCUCUGUGGAACAAUAUUGAACUCAUCACAAAUACAUUCAUACAGGAGAGAAAUCAUAUCACUGUGACAUCUGGGACAAGUCAUUCUCUCAGAAAAGGUACUUAAAUAGACACAAAUGCAUUAAUACAGGGGACAAACCAUAGCACUGUAGUAUCUGCAGUAAAUUAUUCCGUUUAAGAAAAUAUUUAAUUAAUUACAAGUCUGCUCAUACUGGAGAGAAACUAUGUUACUGUGAUGUCUGCAGCAAAU